CGCUCGUUUAGUCCCCUUUGAUUUUUCUUUUGUUCGUGCCCUUGAUGAUGUUAGUGAAAAUGAAAGGUCUGUGAAGAGAUUGCUAAUAUUCUUUGAUAACGUGUAAUAAGCUAUGUCGUGCAGCCCUCCUGACCAGCUAAAGCGCUUGUUAUUAAAUUUGCACUUUUUUCUCUCUCCUCUUCAGUGUUUAAACAAGAUGCCUGCUGGUGAAAUAAAAGUGGAUGACGCCAAGAUCACACCACCAAAGAGAUCUGAAAUGAAGGAGUCCAUGGAAGCUCUUAUCCACCACUUUAAGCUCUACACGGAAGGUUACCAAGUUCCCCCGGGUGAAACUUACACAGCAAUUGAAGCUCCGAAGGGUGAGUUUGGUGUUUAUUUGGUAGCAGAUGGCACCAACAAACCUUAUCGUUGUAAGAUAAAAGCCCCUGGAUUUGCGCACUUGGCUGGUUUGGACUUGUUGUCUGUUGGUCACAUGUUGGCUGACGUUGUGGCAAUUAUUGGUAAGUUUUUGCAUCAGCAAAACACAAUCAGUUUUAAGUAGGAAGAAGAGCUUUAUUUUCCUUGUCAUGCAAUCUUGAUUUUUGGGACGAACAUUUGCUUGACAGACUAGGGAACGCCAUUUGUACAAAAUUUUUGACAACCAUCAAAAUCAAGAAACAAAGAAUCAAACAGGAAAAAAGAAAGAAAACCAAGACACAUUUUUAAAUCAAUACCAACUUUUCUGUAGAUGUUAUAACCGCCAGUUCUUAAGUUCGUU